AUGAUUACUUUGGUAAAUACCGCUAUUACCGUUCGAGUACCCUGUUUGCUGUAUGUUAAGUCUAUUUUUGGUCUAUCUGGGAACGCGUAUGAUUUAUCCGUUAAAAUUAUAUCUCAGGAUGAUAUCCGGAUAAUUGAUUCUGUAAAUAGUUAUGGUUUAAUUUUCUUGGGUGAUUUUGGGUUAAAUUUGACAGCUAUAAAAAUAGCAUUAAAAUUUCUUAUUUUUGGAAGUUCUUCAUAUUUCCUCGAGAUAACUACUUUGGCAGAUUUCCUUAGCUUACUAGUGCAAAUCUCUCCUACAACUGUCUGUGUAUUUAAAUCUUUAAGUCUUUACAGUCUCCUUUUCUUAUUCAUCUACACAUUUUUUUACUCCCUCGUAAUAUAUUUUUACAAAGAUAAGGCGAAAGUUCACCAGCUGUCAAACAUUGCCGUUAUUGCUCUUGAGUGUGUAUUGAGGCUUAAGAUCAUCUUAAGUGUAUUUGCAGUUUAG